AUCAAAAUGUGCACAGAAGUAGUUUAUUGAGAAUGUUGAAUACAGAGAAUCUUCUCUGUAUUUGACAGAUAACCAAUUAUUUCGACCUUUGCAAGAUGGCCGCUUUUACAGACUGCUUCUGGUGCUUUUUUUUUUUUACAUUAAAAAAAUCCCACUGUGAAGAACAGGAAAUAGCUUGGGAAACCAUCGUUUGUCGAGAAGUCGUAUUCUGAAGGGUUUUUGUUUGAGCCAGCAAUCAUGGAUCCCAGAUGAAAGUCAAGCAACUGAAAAUAAAACCAAAAACCCACUGAGCCAUGGAGAAGUUUGGGAUGAGCUUUGUGGGUGGCCCCAGCAAGAAGGAGCUUGUGGACACCAUAGAGACUCAGAGAAAGCAGUUGGUCCAGUAUCAAACACGCUUCAAGGAUGUGGUCAGGGCCUACAAGAGCCUGCUGAAGGAGAAGGAGGCUCUGGAGGCUAGUCUGAAGGUACUGACCGUCUCCCAGGAGGUAGACUUCAGCCAGCGUGGAGAUGAUGGCUCUGCCAGUGGCAGCUAUAUGACCUCUGACUUCCCAGAUGAUCACUGCUCCAUGCACAGCGAGGACAGUCUGGACACAGCAGCCUCCGCUGACACUGCAGCCUCCGCUGACACUGCAGCCUCCGCUGACACUGCUACCAGCAUUACCAGUGGGAGCACCAAGGGCGACCAGGCUGAAGAGGAGCAGGGUAGUAGCCCAGGAGAGAUGGGGGCGACCGGGCCUGGAGGCCCCUCAGUGUCCCAGAGGUCUGAGGAGGCUAGUGGGUCAGAGAGCGGUAUCAGCUCCAGCAGUAGUGGAGGGUCUGAGGUUCAGCAGCAACCAACACCCCCACCCACCUCUUCAAUGGAGGCCGACCGGAGGGUCCUCCAGCUGAAGACCCAGCUGACCACCCUGACCAGCUCCCUGGCCACGGUCACGCAGGAAAAGUCCAGGAUGGAGGCCAAUUUCCAGGCCGACAAGCGGAAGAUCAAACAGGAGAUGGAUGAGCUCCAAGGGAGGCUGGAGGAGGCCAGGAGGCAGCAUGAAGCAGAGAUCCACACCCUGCAUGAGCAGCUGGUGGAGAGUAAGGCCCGGGUCAUCACCCAGCAGCAUGAGAGAGAACAGGAGCAGGGCGACCACGCCCUUAUGCUCAGAGAGCUCCAGAAAUUGCUGCAGGAGGAGAGAGGCCAGAGGCAGGAUGCCGAGCUUCGGCUGGAGGAUGCCAGGGAGGUCCUGCUGGAGGUCACACAGGCCGCAGAUCGGAAGCAUGAUUAUGAGGCCCGGCUAAAGGAGGUGACCCAGCAGAGGGAGGAGAUGAGGAGGAGCCUGCAGGCUGCGGAGGCAGAGAGGAACAAGCCAGACCCACAGGUGGAGGAGCUGCAGCGGGAGCUGACGGCGCUAAAGAACCACUUUCAGCAGCAGAUGCAGCAUGAGAUCAGAAAGGCGUCGCAGGCAGAGGAGCGUCUGCAGGAGCAAUCCCAGCUGGAGGAGGGCCGUGUGGCCAGCCUGGAGUUGCGGGUUUCUGAGCUGUCUGAGCUGCUUGGGGCCUGCGAGAAGGCCCGGCAGAGGGACCAGCAGAACGCCCACCGGCUGAGAGAGCGCAUCCUGCAGCUGGACAUGGAGAACAAGACCCUGGCCAUCGCCGCUUCCACCCGGGGCUCCCCUCUGGACCUCAGCAUGGACGAGGCUAACCUGGACGUGAAUGUGCUGAAGGAGCGCCUGGAGAAGGUAAAGAGGCUUCUUCUGCUAGCCACACAGAGGAACCAACCAGAGCAGACCAUGGAGAUAGAGAAGCUGGCUGAGAUGGAGGGGCAGCUGGGGCUGGGUCAGGGAACGGGCAGUGGGGGGGAGUCGUCAGAUGGGGAGAAGGCCUCGGCGCUCUACUACCAGCAGGAACUGCGGCAGCUGAAGGAGGAGUUUGAGCGCUACAAGGUGCGGGCGCAGGUGGUGCUGAAGAACAAGAACGCUAAAGACUGCAGCCUGGCCAAAGAGCUGGAGGAGGCCCGUGACCAGCUGGCUGAGCUCAAGGAGAAGUACAUCAACCUGCGUAUCCAUGGCGACGAGGCGGAGGCCAAGCACCGCCGGGAGCUGGAGGAGUGUCAGCAGGGGAUAGGGAUGCUGCAGCAGGGUCAUAAACAGGAGCUUGACCGGGCUGAGGCCCAGUACAGAGAGAGCCUCCUCAGGCUGGAGGGGGAACUGCACCGGCAGAGGGACCGCACCAUGGGCCUGCUGCAAGAGAAGGACCAGGAGCUGGAGAAGCUAAAGUCUAUCGGCUACAGUCUCACUGGUUACAGAGGUCACCACAGCGACGAAGGAGACACGGGGGCGGACUUCAGAGCGACCGCGGACUGCGGCAGCAACCACAGCAACAACGCCAACAACAUGGAUGACCCGGCGCAGGAGGAGAGUGACAUCAUCACCCAGGCGUUGCGGCUGGUGGGGCCCAACGAGCCCACGCUCCUCCUGUACGCCGAGCAGCUGGCGAGAAAGGAGGUGGAGAUCGGCUCGCUGCGGCGGCAGAAGCACCGGCUGGAGGAGGACGUGCACCAGCUGCAGGGGAGGCUCAUCGCCAACGGGGAGCGCUACGAUGAGGAGGUGGCUGAGCUCCGGGGCCAGCUGGACAAACGGCACAGGGACCAGGGCAGGGAGGGGGCCAACCUGGAGUACCUCAAGAACGUAAUCUACAAGUUCCUCACCCUUCAGGACACCAGGGGGCGUCAGCAGACCCUCACAGCCAUACUGACCAUCCUGCACUUCAGCCCCCAGGAGAAGCAGGCGGUGGUCAAACAGCACCAGAACCAGGCGUGGUGGACGGCAGGGAUGAGGUAAUGAUGAUGGAGGAGAAGAGUUCAGCGCCUCACUCUGUAAAUAAUGAGAGCUCAUUUGAAACAUUCCUCCGACAGUCAAAGUGUUGUUUAGUUUUCCUGAAUAAAGUAUAUUUAUUUUGGUGUGUUGUUUUCCCAGGAGUGUGGUGUCAAAUGAAAUGGCAACCAACAUUUGAGCUUUGACAAUGUUUAUUACGUUUGAUUUUCCUCAAGACUUUAUUCAAAAUGAUUGCUUUCUGUGUGAAAGAAGCACACAAAACAUUGGAUUUCGAAAUCUAAUGAGUGGAUAUAGAAGUGUGGGUUUGUUUUUGUAUUUGCCACUAUGUGAAGCAUAGUUUAGGAAUAUUUGGUUGUUUUGAUUCUUUGAUAAGAUAAAAUGAGGCUCACAUCUGUGUUUCCAAAGUUUCUGUCAAAAGAAGGUAACCAAAUAUUGACCGACAGAAUCUGUUAACUUUUCGAUAACAAACCUCAGUCUUUAUGACCUGUGUGAGAGUUGUUUUUCUCUUUACAACACUGGUUAUCUCUCUUCAUAGCGACUGUAUUUCUGCCUGCUUGAAGGGCAAAUCUCACCGGUACACAUGAAAACAUGAAAUGACCCCGGGAAUCAAUAGAACAUGCAGAAAUACAAUAACAUUCUAAAUGGGUGAAUCUUUGUUUGCAUCAGUAGCUUUAAAGAGAUUCUUCAGGAUUUUGGCAAUGAAGCCCUUUAUCUACUUCCCUAGAGUCAGAUGGAAUCAAUGUUUAUGUCUCUGUGUGCAGUUUGAAGGAAGUUGCUAACUAGCGUUAGCGCAAUGACUGGAAGUCUAUGGUGACUGCUAUUAGAUCCAGUCAUCACGCUAACACUAGUUAGCAUUGGCUCGCUAAACUAACUUCCUUCAUAAAGUCAUAAAAAUGGUAUCCAUGAGUUAAUCUGACUCUGGGGAAGUAGAUAAAGUAUCCCUUUAAUGCUAGCGCUCCUGUAUGUGUUGUACAUAAUUGUAUGAUAAUCUGAGGGCUAAAAAACUGAAUACUUUGGUUGGUAAUUACAGUUUAGUAUACCGUUUUAUUGUGUGGAUAAUACAAUGCUUAUUGUUGAAACGCAUAUUUUUGAUUCCCUCUUAACAUAAAGAUUAAAAAAUAAAUCAGC